AUGGCCACCGAAGGUUUGAAAGACGUCGAGGGACAAAUCGAGUCCAACUAUGAUGAAACCGUCGACAACUUUGACAGCAUGGACCUCAAGCCUGAACUUUUGAGAGGAAUUUACGCCUACGGUUUUGAGCGUCCCUCUGCUAUUCAGCAGCGUGCGAUUCUCCCCGUGAUCAACAACCGCGAUGUCAUCGCCCAGGCUCAGUCAGGAACCGGAAAGACUGCCACUUUCUCUAUUUCCGUCCUCCAGAAGAUUGAUCUCAACCUCAAGCAAUGCCAGGCAUUGAUUUUGGCCCCUACUCGUGAGCUCGCUCAGCAGAUUCAAAAGGUCGUCGUUGCUAUCGGUGACUUCAUGAACGUUGAGUGCCAUGCUUGUAUCGGAGGAACUGUCGUUCGUGACGACAUGAAGAUCCUCCAGGACGGUGUUCACGUCGUUGUUGGAACCCCCGGUCGUGUUAACGACAUGAUUCAGCGCCGCGCCUUGAAGACCGAUGCGAUUAAGCUUUUCGUCCUUGAUGAGGCCGAUGAGAUGUUGUCUCGUGGAUUCACCGAACAAAUUUACGACAUCUUCCAGCUUCUCCCACAGUCGACCCAAGUCGUCCUUCUUUCAGCCACCAUGCCCCAGGAUGUGUUGGAGGUCACCACCAAGUUCAUGCGCGACCCCGUCCGCAUUUUGGUCAAGAAGGCCGAAUUGACCCUUGAAGGUAUCAAGCAAUUCUACAUUGCUGUUGAGAAAGAAGACUGGAAGCUCGACACUCUCUCCGAUUUGUACGAGACUGUUACAAUUACCCAGGCAGUCAUUUUCUGCAACACCCGCAGAAAGGUUGAUUGGCUUACCGAGAAGCUCACUCAGCGUGAUUUCACCGUUUCCGCUAUGCACGGAGAUAUGGACCAGACUCAGCGUGACUUGAUUAUGAAGGAGUUCCGUUCAGGGUCUUCUCGUGUCUUGAUCGCCACUGAUUUGUUGGCUCGUGGUAUCGAUGUCCAGCAGGUCUCCUUGGUCAUCAACUAUGACCUUCCCGCUAACCGCGAGAACUACAUCCACCGCAUCGGUCGUGGUGGUCGUUUCGGACGAAAGGGUGUUGCUAUUAACUUCGUCACUGCUGAUGAUGUCCGCAUGAUGCGUGAGAUCGAACAGUUCUACUCGACCCAGAUCGAGGAGAUGCCAAUGAAUGUUGCCGACCUCAUUUAA